UGUAUUAAAUUAUAAAUAAGUGUAUCAGAACCUUAAAUAUUAUUUGCUUUGCAAUUUGCAUCUAUUUAUUGAUUUUAAGAUGAUACUACCACUAACAAGUUACAGCUAAGAAACAAAAUAUGGAUAUUAUUCAUUAGAAGAUUGCGCGGGAAUUAAAAAUGUUUCAAAGGUGUUUACGAAGUUCUUUUCAAGGAAAAAUCGAAGAAAUACCUGGUUUACAUGUGGAUAAUUUUGAAUAUGUAGAAUCGACAACACCAAGAGCAUAUUUCUUAAGUCAUUGCCAUUCUGAUCAUAUGCAAGGUCUACAUUCGCCUUCCUUACUUAAAUAUAUCAAGGAAAAAAACAUUUUUAUUUACACAACGGAACUGUCAGUUGCCAUUAUUAAAGAUAAUACAAAGGAUGACACAAUAUUAGACUACAUAAAAGUCUUGAAAUUAGGAUCAACACUUGUUACAUUAGAGGGAAUACCAGAAGAAAAUAUUGAUGAAACAUAUUUGACAGUUACACUUGUUCCAGCGGGACAUUGUGUAGGAGCAGUUAUGUUUUUAUUCCAAACUAUAAAUACUACAGUAUUAUUUACUGGUGACUUUCGAAUAAACGAAAGAGAUAUUUAUAAGUAUGCAGGUUUGCAUGAUGUAGCUGAGAAACCAAUAAAAAUAAACACAAUGUAUAUAGAUACAACAUUUAUAGACCUGGUUUAUGAAAAUUUUCCAAAACGGUCACAGAGUAUAGAUGCAAUUUUAAAGGAGAUAGAGAGGUGUUUGUCGACGGGUAGUGGUGUAGCGUUACAUACAUCAGCAAAGUAUGGUUAUGAAUAUGUAUUUAACAAGAUUUAUGAGAAGCUGGGAAGGAAAGUCUAUGUUAAUGAAGACCGAUGGAGGUUUUAUAGAAAAAUAUCACAUCUAGUCCCUGGCGUGACGAACAACAAUAAUGAAACAAUCAUACAUUUAUGUACAAAACGCGACGAAAAGAAUCACUCAACAUGCAUACCAAGGAACUACCCUCAAUUUCUUUACAUUCAUCUCUCAGCGAUGAAAUGGAUAAAUAGUAACACAUUUAAGCCAAUUCAACGAAUGUCGCCGACGCGAGUGGACGUGUGUUUCGCAACGCACUGUAGUCGGAGUGAGAUUUUGGGUUUUGUCAAUUAUUUUAAACCGGAUAGAGUGAUUGGUUUUCCUAAUCCAUAUAUAGAGGAGAGAGGGGUGAAACGAAAAAGUUUGAGGGAAGAGGGUAAAUUGGAAAGUAUGAUAGUGAAAAAGUUCUGUAGUUGAUGUUUAAUUUGGAAUCAGACCUUGUAUGAAGCUUUUUGCAUUAAGAUGUUGAAUUGUGUUAAAUUCACACAAAGCUCAAAGACUGCUAGACUCAAGUUUUCUAUAAAUAAAUAUGCAUGAGCUCUAAG